CAACAGUUGGAAACGUUGCUUGCCCCGCACGGAAAUGCCGUACGGUCAUCAUGGUAUAAAAGCUCGCCUGCUUUCUGGAAAGAGACAGGUUGUGAAGUGCUCAAUUAUUCUGUCUAACUAUACAAUUCUUUAUCACCUUUAACCGCAUCAAAGCAACACUACUUCAAAGGCCCGCAGAGCCCCGCGGCUUGGUCAUUUGCCUCGCGCUUUCAUGAGCUCUCCCGACGUGGUUCUCCCUGGUGACAUCUCCAACCUUGGCGUUGGAUUCGACCCGCUUGCCGACUCCGCCGGCGCCGACGAGGGCAACGCUGGAGAGGAUGCUGUGCACAUCCGUGUGCAACAACGCAACGGCCGCAAGUCGCUAACAACUGUCCAGGGACUCAAGGAGAAGUACGACUACAACAAGGUGCUGAAGGCCUUGAAGAAGGAGUUCUGCUGCAACGGCACUGUUGUGGAGGAUCCCGAACUGGGCAAGGUCAUUCAGCUCCAAGGCGACCAGCGCAAGAAUGUCCAAGACUUCUUGCUUGGCCAAAAGCUCGUGAAGAAGGACCAGAUCAAGAUUCACGGAUUCUAAGCUGCUAAAUAGUUAAUUCUAGCCGCCGGCGCCGUUUUGCCUUCCCUCUUGGACUCAACGACGUCGAAAGUGGUGGCAACGACAAGUGAUUGGGCCUUUGGGCCCAUCCUAUGUUCAUGCAGAGCACCUUGCAUCUUAGUGUUUUAAGUUGUGGCUCCUUGGCUUUGUUGCCUGCGAAGAUCUGCUGGUCCCUUUCUCUUAGUCCUUGCUAAUGGAUCAGGCACAGACGCUUCACGCUAAUGUAGCGUUUGUUAUGUGGUUAUAUUGCAAAGUCAGUCUUGGCUUGCGGGUGCCCAACACCCAGGACUUUUGUUUGCUUGGUCCUAAGACUUUUGCGCAACACCGCAGACUUCGUCAUUUUGCCAGCCUACCAUGUAAUUGUUGCAGCAUCCU